AUGAUCCAGGGUAGCAGCUUGAGAGCUCAAAGUAUUGCAAGUAAAGACGAGGAUUCCUCCUCCUGCCCAGGGCCUGUCAUGGAUGAAGAGACUCAGCACAGCCUUGAAUGCAUCCAGGCUAAUCAGAUUUUUCCCAGGAAGCAGCUGAUCCGAGAGGAUGAGAACCUUCAGGUGCCGUUCAUUGAACUCCACGGGGAGAGCACGGAGUACGUGGGACGAGCAGAGGAUGCCAUCAUUGCCCUUUCCAACUACAGGCUCCACAUCAAAUUCAAGGAAUCUGUUGUGAAUGUUCCACUGCAGCUCAUUGAGAGUGUGGAGUGCCGGGAUAUAUUCCAGCUUCAUUUGACCUGCAAGGACUGCAAGGUUAUAAGGUGUCAGUUUUCCACCUUUGAGCAGUGCCAGGACUGGCUGAAGAGGCUGAACAAUGCCAUCCGCCCCCCGUCCAAGAUAGAGGACCUGUUCUCCUUCGCCUACCACGCCUGGUGCAUGGAGGUUUACGCCAGUGAGAAGGAGCAGCACGGGGACUUGUGUCGGCCAGGAGAACAUGUAACUUCCAGGUUUAAGAACGAAGUGGAACGGAUGGGGUUUGAUAUGAACAAUGCCUGGAGGAUUUCCAACAUCAAUGAGAAGUACAAGCUGUGUGGCAGUUACCCCCAGGAGAUCAUCGUUCCUGCCUGGAUCACCGAUAAGGAGCUGGAGAGCGUGGCCAGCUUCCGCUCCUGGAAGCGCAUCCCGGCCGUGGUGUACAGGCACCAGAGCAAUGGGGCAGUGAUCUCACGCUGUGGGCAGCCCGAGGUGAGCUGGUGGGGCUGGAGAAACGCCGACGACGAGCACCUGGUCCAGUCCGUAGCCAAAGCCUGUGCCUCAGACUCCAGGUCCAACAGUAACAAGUUAAUGAAUGGGAAUUGUUCCAGAGAUUUCUCCAAUGGAGGGGACCUCUCUGAUGUGGAAUUUGACUCCUCCAUCUCCAAUGCCUCAGGAGCAGAGAGUUUGGCAAUCCAGCCGCAGAAGCUUUUGAUCCUGGACGCGCGAUCCUACGCAGCAGCCGUGGCCAACAGAGCCAAAGGGGGUGGCUGUGAGUGCCCAGAGUAUUACCCAAACUGUGAAGUGGUGUUCAUGGGGAUGGCAAACAUCCAUUCCAUCCGGAAGAGCUUCCAGUCGCUGCGUCUGCUCUGCACACAAAUGCCAGAUCCAGGAAAUUGGCUGUCAGCUCUGGAGAGCACCAAGUGGCUGCAGCACCUGUCAGUGCUCCUGAAAUCGGCUCUGCUCGUGGUGCACGCCGUGGAUCGGGACCAGCGGCCGGUGCUGGUUCACUGCUCUGACGGCUGGGACCGCACGCCCCAGAUCGUGGCCCUGGCCAAACUCCUGCUGGACCCCUACUACAGGACCACAGAGGGUUUCCAGGUGCUAGUGGAGACGGAGUGGCUGGAUUUUGGCCACAAGUUUGCAGAUCGCUGUGGCCACGGAGAGAAUUCGGACGACCUCAACGAGCGCUGCCCGGUGUUUCUGCAGUGGCUGGACUGUGUCCAUCAGCUCCAGAGGCAGUUCCCCUGCUCCUUCGAGUUUAAUGAAGCAUUCCUUGUGAAGUUGGUGCAGCACACCUACUCCUGCCUCUUUGGAACAUUCCUGUGCAACAAUGCGAAAGAGAGAGGAGAGAAACACACUCAGGAACGGACCUGCUCUGUCUGGUCUUUGCUGCGGGCAGCAAACAAAGCCUUCAAAAACCUGCUCUACUCCUCCCAGUCGGAAUCUGUGCUGUAUCCCGUGUGCCAUGUGCGGAACCUGAUGCUCUGGAGCGCCGUUUACCUGCCCUGCUCCUCGCCCUCCACGCCCGCCGAUGACACCUGUGCCCCGUACCCUGUGCCAGGCUCUAGCCCUGAAGAGCAGCCUCUGGGCAGGUUACCAAAGACAAGAUCCUUUGACAAUCUGACGACAGCCUGUGACAGCAGUGUGCCUACAACCAACCGCCGGAGCAGCGACCCCAGCCUCAAUGAGAAGUGGCAGGAGCACCGCCGCUCCCUGGAGCUCAGCAGCCUGGGCCCCCCYGGGGACGACCCCUUCGAGGGGGACGGGCUGGGCAGGCAGGGCAGGGCCCCCCUGGGGGCAGAGCUCUCCGUGGCAGCAGGGGUGGCGGAGGGACAGAUGGAGAACAUUCUGCAGGAGGCCACUAAAGAUGAUGUUGGGCUGGAGGAGCACUUGAGGACCGGCCUGGAGAUGGCAGGGAAAGGGGAUGAGGUUGGCCUGGAUAAGGAUAAGGAGAAGAGAGCUGACAAUGUGUGUGGGGAAAAGGCCRAGGAGGAUGCAGGUAUUGUAACGAACAAUCCCACAGCCAACCCACAUCUGGCCUCACACGGUGCUUUGGAGCUCAGAGGACAGGACGAGCACGGCGACCCCAGCAGCGCUCUGCAGAAGGUACCUCAGGGGAGAGCAGUGCCRGCUGUUCCUCCCGAGGGCUCCGGGAACAGAGAUGCUCCAGACAACACGGAGGAAGAAGGUGCUGGGAAAGGUGAAGAGGAGAGCCCRUACAGCACAGCCCAGGCCGGCCUCGCCUUCCCCCUGACAGCCCUGCCCGAGGCAAGGACGUCCAACAUCGAAAGCUCCACAGAAACCUUAACGGAGAGCGAAGCAAAGCCCGAGCUCCUGCCGAGAGCUCUGUGCCACAGACCUCACCCCUUCGCCAACAGCGCCGACGAGCUGUCCCGAACUCUGGAGAACAGGCCCGAGGGGGAGUGCAUGAUAGAGCUCCAAAAACUGGGAUCAAGAGGACUUAGGACUUCUGGUAGCAGCAGCACACACCUCCCGAUGCCUUCCCCUUGUGCCUUGCCUUUAGCAGACCGCAAAGAUGAGGUGGURUGUAAUGGGGAGCCGGAGCCGGAGAACAAACUGGCCGAGAAACCCGCGGCGUUGCCGGCGCCCAAGCUCCCCGCCACCAACGGACACUGCGUCAAUGGCGAGGACGGGCGCAUCAAGGCCUCGCUGAGCCGCCAGGUGUCCGCUGCCAGCUGCAGCUCUGCUCAGCUCCACCUGAGGAACCUCCACCAGAAAUGGAUGUUCGGCCAGCUGGGGAAACAGCCGGCAGCCGGCAGCCCCGACCAGCCGGCCCGCAGCCACCUGGACGACGACGGGAUGCCUGUGUACAGCGACGUGAUCCAGCAGCGCCUGCGGCAGAUCGAGACGGGCCAUCAGCAGGAGGUGGAGACCCUCAAGAAGCAGGUGCAGGAGCUGAGGAGCCGCCUGGAGAGCCAGAUCCUCAACAGCUCCCUGCGGCUCAAUGGCGACUACGGAGAUGAAGUGACRUCUAUUCCUGACUCGGAAAGCAAUCUGGAUCAGAACUGCUUGUCUCGCUGCAGCACAGAGAUUUUCUCUGAAGCCAGCUGGGAACAGGUGGAUAAACAGGAUACAGAGGUGACACGGUGGCUCCCAGAUCACCUGGCUGCACACUGCUACGGCUGCGACAGCGCCUUCUGG